GCUGGAAGAUAACUGUAGUGAAGUCCCCAAAGCAAAAGAUCUUCAUGAGACUCUCUAUGUCUUAAAGACCUCCUCUCUCUCUAUUUCCCUCUUUCUCUCCCCACAGAGAAAACCCAUCAACUAUAUACUACUUUCAGAGAUAAAAAAAACUUUGUUGUCUCGAAAUGAUAAAGAGAGGCUCUUAAUUUAUUCAAUCUUCCACAACAUCUACUAUCAAUCUCUCCAAGCAAUGAAAACAUUCUUACUCUUUCUUGGAUCUCUUUGGGGUAUGUUGUGCGUGUGAUGUGGAUUAUCACUUUGGGAAAGAAAUGUCAGGAUUCUUCUAUUUAGGAGGGAGAGACAACAUCAACAACAAGCAAGAUCAUCAUCAACAAGACAAGAGCAAUUACCUUUAUCUUUACAAAGACGAGAUCUAUAACACCAACAAGGGUUUCGAGAUUUGGCCUCCCCAAUACUUCCAACAACAACAAGAACAGCAGCAGCAUCAUGUCACAGCUUCUACAAACUUAUACUCCUUUGGAAUGGUCCCAAGCAGCAGCAGCAACAACAAUACCAAUAACCGGAGCCGGAGUUUAUACUUCAACGUAGUCUCCGAUCAUGAGCCGGGAGGGUUCACGGUGACGAGACAAGGAGGUAUGAAUUGUCAAGAUUGUGGGAAUCAAGCCAAGAAAGAUUGUCCUCAUAUGAGAUGUAGAACAUGCUGUAAAAGCCGAGGCUUUCACUGUCAGACUCAUGUUAAGAGCACUUGGGUUCCUGCUGCUAAACGCCGUGAGCGUUUAGCUCAACUCGCUUCCUUGCAGCACCAUUCAGCCACCAGCCGUGAAACGCAGAACGCAAAAGCAAAACGCCUACGAGAAGCAAAUGGUGGUGAUAAUGAUGAUAAAGACCAUAGUGGUGGUGGUGGUUCGGCUCUUGCUACCCGUUUGGUGAAUGCUAAUUCAAAUUCAGGGUUGGAUGUGAGUCAAAACUUACCACCGGAAGUUAGCUCACCGGCGGUUUUUCGAUGCGUUCGAGUGAGCUCGAUAGAGGAUGAUGAAGAUGAACAAGAAUAUGCUUAUCAAACGGCUGUGAACAUAGGAGGACAUGUCUUCAAAGGCAUUCUUUACGACCAAGGACCAGAUCAAGAUCACCAUCACCAACUUGACCUCCUUGCCUCCACUGCCACAACCACCAAUGCCGAAGAGAUAGCUGCUAAAACGGCGGUUACUGUCGCCGCAAACAAUAACAAUGGGUUAAUGAUGGAUCCUUCGUCGCUUUAUCCGGCUCAACUGAACUCCUUCAUCGCUGGUACGCCAUUCUUCACACCUCCGAGGUCUUGAGACUAGAUUCAGACUCAGUUACUGAACAUUACUUCAUCUUUACAAUGUUAUAAUAGUAAUAAGAUGCCUUUCUUUGUUGUUGUACUCAACUUUUUCUUUUUGAAAUUUCGUGCAAUUUGAUCAAA